AUGGGCAAUUGUAUAAAUAAAUGUCAAAAGACAAUGGGAGCGGAUGAAAACCUCUCGACCACUCCCCACGUUGACCGCCCUCUUCCACCACGACCCCUAUCCGCUACUAAUCAGAAUACAUCGCCUGAAAAUCAGCUAAUGGAGCAUACUACAGAUAAUGAGCAGUAUCCGUUUUCCUUCGUAAACACGCCACCAAUGAAAUCUUGUCCGGCUUUUUCUGCCUACCGCGACGAGCCGAGAGAAAAAAUUAACAUUUUUCCCUCCCACGAUUCCCCUAUUGCAUUUUCUGCUAAUCGACCUGUUGCUGUUACUUGCGCCCCAUGCGUUUCGUCAGCUUGUCCCCAGUUCCACCCUCCAAUUAUUUCCAUGGCUCAUCGGUUAUCAGGUAAUCUUAUAUCUGGUCACACUUCAAGGUCUCAUUCUCUUCCACGACCAAAUGCUAACGGUAGCGCAUCAAAACCGUCGGUUCCCUACUCCCCUGCUAUGUCACGCAACCUUGAAUCGGAUUCUCAUUUUAAUCGGAGCAUCGAAUUCCGCAGGUCUCCUCAUGCGCAUCAGAACGAGGUCGCUGAACGCUUUCAUCGAGCGAGUAUUGGCGCCUCUAUCGAUACUCGCAAGUUUCAGCGGCAUCUUUUUGGGGAUCCCCGGUCUGCCUCGUCUGAACUUUCGAAUCGGCUUGUAGCUAUUUUUGACUACAACGCGAGGACUGAUGAGGAAGUCUCGCUGCGAAAGGGUGAUUCCAUGUUGGUCCUCAAUGACAGUGAUGCUGAGUGGUGGUUUGUGGAACACUGCAGAACAUUGGAGAAGGGCUACGUUCCAUCCUCCUACGUAGCCGUCGCAGGGUCCCUUGAAGCUGAGGAGUAA